UCUUAAUUAUCUUUUAAUCGAUAUAUAUGGUAAUAAUAAUUUCUAUUAUUCUCCAAAUGAUAAUAUUGAAGGUAGUUCAAAUAUAUUACAAAAUCUAGGACAAGCUCUUCCUUCUAAAUUAGAAUAUUUAAGUUUGACUCUUACUAUUAAAGAAAGUGAUUUUAGAGUGUUCUUAGAAAGUUCUCAAGGUAUUUUUAUCAAUAAAUUAUUAAUAAUGCAAAUAGGUAGCGAUGAUAUUUUACAUUAUAUAAAAAAAUAUAUUAUGAAUGAAAGAAGAGUAAAGUAUUUGGCAAUUAAAAAUAUUGAAUGUAGAAUAGAUUUAUUUGAUUUGAAAGAUGAAGUGAAGGAAUUUAAGUUACAUAAUAUUAUAGUUCGAAGUUAUAAUGAUUUAUAUAUUUGCGUUAAUAACUAUAUAAAAAAUAUUGAUUAG